AUGGCGAGUAUGCUGCGGUGGCGCCGGCGUCCGCGCAUCGCGGUGCAAUACCUGGCAGUCGUCUUCGCGGCACUCUCUCUAUUUGUCCUUGCUCUCCCACCCGACCACCCCAUCAUCCUCUCAGCCCGCCUGGCGACGCACAAGUUCCUCUCCUACUUUCCCUCAGUGUACAACAAUGACAAGUGGAUCUUUCGGCCGUCGCAGUUCCCCGUCGACAUGCGCGAGGACGUCGUGACGAUCCUCAAGACAGGGUAUGGGACUUGGAAUCGCCUCCCGGCGCAGCUGGAGGCCCUCGGCUGGGCGUUGAACGAGACGCGCGAGCCGGGGCAGAGCAUCAUGGUCGUCGGCGAUUAUUCCUCGCAUUUCCAGUCGGACCAGCACGACUUCUCGGUGCACGACAUGCUUGCGGCGGCCGAGGGGAGUGACGCGUUGUACGGGAUGGAACGCGGCAACCGGCUGGAACUGUACCACAGGUUGAACGAUGCCAUUCGUUCGGGCGAUGAUCACAUUGUCCACCAAUUGAACAGGGAACACGGCUGGGAGCUGGAUGCUAUGAAGUUCAUCCCGGCCCUAGAGAGAGCAUGGAAGAUGUUUCCCAGAAAGAAGUGGUAUCUGAUGCUCGACGACGACACAUACGUCAUCUGGCCGUCGCUACAGCUGUUACUGGGCCAUCUGGAUCCAUCCAAGCCACUCUAUGUAGGUAACGCGGUUGGUGAUUACAGAAAGAGGUUCGCACACGGCGGCUCAGCCAUUGUCAUCUCGGGAGAGGCCAUGCGACGGCUCUUUGACCACCGACCGGAUGUCGUGCGAGCCGUCUAUGUAGAUUCCCUGACGGAAAAGUGGGGUGACCGACUGCUGGCACAAGCGUUCCUAAAGGUCGGCAUAUACAUCGAGGAGCGGUACUCGCGCUUCUUCAACGGAGAAAGGCCACGAACAACACGCAUCACUGCCGAGAAGUUCUGCGGGCCGCUGUCCUCCUUCCAUGCGCUGGCCAAACCGGGCCAGAUGCUCGAGGUUGGCGAAAAGUUUCGGGGCAUCACGACGCCUGUCUUCUGGGGCCAGCUCUGGCGGCUAUAUGGCCAGCCGGACUUUCGGAAUCUGCGGCAGGAGGAUGCGAUCAGCGAAGGGGCGGAUCACGUGGGGCUACUCGACGAGAGAGUGACAACCAGAAAAAGGGUCAAGUCGCCCGAAAAGUGCCUACGCCAUUGCAACCACCUCAGGAGUUGCUUGGCCUGGAGGUGGGAGCAGGAGACGAAGACCUGUCACCUGGCUCCGUGGUUUAUCAUAGGAGGUGAGAAUGGGUCGCUCCAACCGGGAAUAAGCUCUGGUGUGAAUAUCCCUAAGGCGAGGAAACUGCAAGAAAAAUGCCAAAGGCGUGGCGUAAUGAUUUCGGACAUCUAA